AUGCCGGACAAGACAGACGCAGAGCUGAAUACGGAGAAGAUUAAUGCUGCUUUGAAAGUGAUAGAGAGCAAGAAACAUGAAGGUGAUACGGCACAGAGCGCUGUUCCUGAUUUGACGGUAUAUACCAUGGAAGAUGGUACACAGGUGAAUACUAAGGAAAGGGUUAUGAAGAGUGUAACUCCCAUAAACGGACAUAUACCUUCUGAUGAGGAAGUCUUUGAUAGAAAAACAGGACUUCCCAACCACCAGUUCUUGAGAGACCAUUUUAAAGGGGAAGGUAGAAUUACAGAGGACCAAGCUUUAAAAAUUUUGUCCAUGGCUACAGAAUGCAUGAAGAAAGAACCAAAUUUGCUUACUGUUCCUGCUCCUGUUACAGUUUGUGGUGAUAUCCAUGGUCAAUACUUUGACUUGCUGAAACUAUUUGAGAUUGGUGGAGAUCCUGAGACUACACCUUACCUAUUUUUGGGUGACUAUGUGGACAGAGGGUCAUUCUCAUUUGAAUGUUUGAUAUAUCUAUACGCAUUAAAAUUGAAUUACAAUGCACACUUUUGGAUGCUGAGAGGUAAUCAUGAAUGUAUGCAUUUAACCUCAUAUUUCACUUUCAAAAACGAAUGUCUACACAAGUACUCGCUAAAAAUUUACGAGGCAUGUUGUGAGUCCUUUAAUGCUUUACCAUUAGCUGCGUUGAUGAAUGAACAGUAUUUCUGUGUACAUGGUGGUAUAUCGCCAGACCUAAAAACUCCAGAGGAUGUCAACAAGAUCAAUAGAUUCAGAGAAAUACCUUCUAGAGGACUGAUGUGUGAUUUAGUUUGGGCUGAUCCUAUUGAGAAGUACGACGAGGUUGCAGAUGAUUUAACGCAGGGUAAAUUUGUCAUAAAUCAAGUUAGGGGUUGUUCCUUCGCAUUCACUUACCAGGCAUCUUGUGAGUUUCUACAAAGGUCUGGCUUACUGUCAAUAAUAAGAGCCCACGAAGCUCAGGAUGCAGGCUACAGAAUGUAUAAGAAUACGAAAACUCUAGGAUUUCCAAGUUUACUAACGUUGUUCUCUGCUCCUAAUUAUUUAGAUACCUACAACAAUAAGGCUGCAAUACUAAAGUAUGAGAAUAACGUUAUGAAUAUUCGUCAAUUCAAUAUGUCACCUCAUCCAUAUUGGCUGCCUGAUUUUAUGGAUGUUUUCACCUGGUCGCUACCUUUUGUUGGUGAAAAAGUUACUGAAAUGCUGGUUGCUAUAUUAAACAUCUGCACUGAAGACGAAUUGGAAGAAGACACACCUUAUAUCGCAGGAGAAGUUGGAAAAAUUGAUUCCACACAUUCCGCUACAACAUCCACAACCUCCCCACAGGCCUCGGCAACUGUCAGCGCUGACGCUAUUGCUAGUGCAACUAGCGAAGGACACCAACAUACAUCAUCUAUAUUGGACGACGAACAUAGAAGAAAAACUUUAAGGAAUAAAAUUCUAGCAAUUGCUAAGGUCUCUCGGAUGUACUCUGUUCUUCGAGAAGAAAGUGAUAAAGUUCAAUAUCUGAAAAGUAUGAAUUCUGGUAUUCUUCCAAGAGGUGCCCUAGCACACGGGUCCCAAGGUCUAAACGAAACUUUGUCGACUUUCGAAAGGGCCAGGAAGCAAGAUCUGAUCAAUGAAAAACUACCUCCAUCGCUAGAUGAAGUGAAGAAGAAAAAACAAGAGUACUAUCACAGCAUAUUAAGACAAGCUCAAAGCGAUCAUCGCUAG